UGGGGUUGUGAGUGUAUGUUUCGUUGUGGCUUUGCGAUUGUCUUCUUUCCCGUUUUUUUUCCUGCGACCGCUUCUUUUUCUUUUCCUCUCUUUUCUGAGUUUCAACUUUAAACAUCGAAGAGAGAGAAAGAGAGAGAAACCUAAUAACUAUUUUCUCUCCCCUCGAUGCUGUGUUAAAAAAUUCCCGUCUAUUUCAUUUUUUUUGCUUCUCUUCGAAUCCAAGGAUCUAAGCUAAAGGUUUUUUCAAUUCCGUUUCGAACAUUCGUUCCACGUGUUAUUGAAGAAAAGCGAGUUCGUUAAAUUCGUUUAGAUUCCCCAAAACGAAUCAAAAUGUUGAUUCGUAAUGCGAUUAACCGCGAAUUCUAGCUUCGAUCUUAACGAAAUUGUUUCAAACUUAGGGUUGAAGAAAUGGAUGUGGAUUCCUCGAUGGUACAUGAAGCCGAUCACGAUCCUAUCGUGCAGAAUCAAACUACUGAAUCUCCGGCGCCGGUUAAAGUAGAGGGAGCACAGCUUACCGAACCUCCCUCAUCGUCCGGCGGCGGAUCUCCGGCGGAGGGGCAGCAGCAGCAAGCGGCUAGUGAGGUGCAGCAGAGUCCGGUUGUCGGACCGAGGCUGGCGCCGAAUUACACUGUGGUGAAUGCAAUUUUAGAAAAGAAGGAGGAUGGACCGGGACCGAGGUGUGGUCACACGUUGACGGCGGUGGCGGCCGUCGGAGAGGAAGGGACGCCUGGGUACAUUGGUCCGAGGCUGAUUUUGUUUGGUGGUGCCACUGCACUUGAAGGAAAUUCCGCGGCUUCUGGAACUCCUACAUCAGCUGGAAAUGCUGGCAUACGUUUAGCUGGUGCCACGGCUGAUGUCCACUGUUAUGAUGUCUUGACUAAUAAAUGGUCUCGGCUAACUCCCUUUGGAGAACCUCCAACACCAAGGGCUGCCCAUGUGGCCACUGCCGUGGGAACCAUGGUGGUUAUUCAGGGUGGCAUUGGUCCUGCUGGUUUGUCGGCAGAAGACCUUCAUGUUCUCGAUCUCACUCAGCAAUGGCCCCGAUGGCAUAGAGUGUCUGUUCAAGGCCCCGGACCAGGGUCACGCUAUGGACAUGUAAUGGCUUUAGUUGGCCAGCGGUAUCUUAUGGCAAUUGGAGGCAAUGAUGGAAAGAGACCUUUGGCUGACGUAUGGGCCUUGGACACAGCUGCCAAGCCAUAUGAAUGGCGCAAGUUAGAGCCAGAAGGAGAGGGUCCUCCUCCAUGCAUGUAUGCAACUGCAAGUGCACGCUCUGACGGGCUUCUUCUGCUUUGUGGAGGGAGGGAUGCCAAUAGUGUUCCAUUGGCCAGUGCAUAUGGACUUGCUAAGCAUAGAGAUGGUCGUUGGGAAUGGGCAAUUGCUCCAGGUGUCUCACCAUCUCCAAGAUAUCAGCAUGCAGCGGUGUUUGUUAAUGCAAGGCUACAUGUGUCUGGUGGGGCUCUUGGUGGAGGACGGAUGGUUGAAGACUCAUCAAGUGUUGCAGUAUUGGACACUGCUGCUGGUGUUUGGUGUGAUACAAAAUCUGUUGUUACCACUCCAAGAACUGGUAGAUACAGUGCUGAUGCAGCUGGUGGAGACGCUGCAGUUGAGUUGACUCGACGUUGCAGGCAUGCUGCUGCUGCAGUUGGUGACCUGAUUUUUAUUUACGGUGGUUUACGUGGGGGAGUCUUGCUGGAUGACCUACUUGUUGCUGAAGAUCUAGCUGCUGCUGAAACAACAACUGCUGCUUCACAUGCCGCUGCCGCAGCCGCUGCAUCUAAUGUACAAGAAGGACGCAUGCCUGGACGAUAUGGGUUUGAUGAUAGGCCAAGGCAAAUAAUGACUGAAGCAGCUGCUGAUGGUUCUGUUGUAUUGGGAAAUCCAGUUGCACCACCAAUGAAUGGUGACAUUUAUACUGACAUCAGCACUGAAAAUGCCAUGCUUCAGGGACCUCGUACAACUGCCAAAGGAGUGGAGUAUCUGGUUGAAGCAUCUGCCGCAGAAGCCGAAGCUAUUAGUGCAGCACUGGCUGCUGCCAAGGCACGGCAAGAGAAUGGAGAAGUGGAAUUGCCCGACAGAGACCGUGGGGCUGAGGCUACCCCAAGUGGGAAACACACAUCUUCCUUGAUUAAGCCUGAUUCUGUUGGGUCAAAUAACAAUGUUUCUGGUGGAGUUCGGCUGCAUCACAGAGCUGUAGUUGUUGCUGCAGAGACUGGUGGAGCAUUAGGUGGCAUGGUUAGACAGCUUUCAAUUGAUCAAUUUGAAAAUGAAGGCAGGCGGGUCAGUUAUGGGACUCCAGAAAAUGCAACUGCUGCUAGAAAAUUAUUAGAUCGGCAGAUGUCCAUCAAUAGUGUGCCAAAAAAGGUCAUAGCACACCUCUUAAAGCCUCGUGGAUGGAAACCACCAGUACGCCGACAAUUUUUCUUGGAUUGCAAUGAAAUUGCUGAUCUUUGUGAUAGUGCUGAGCGGAUAUUUUCAAGUGAACCAAGUGUCUUACAACUCAGUGCACCAAUUAAAAUAUUUGGUGAUUUACAUGGGCAGUUUGGAGAUCUCAUGCGGCUUUUUGAUGAGUAUGGGGCACCAUCAACUGCUGGUGACAUUGCAUAUAUCGAUUAUCUAUUCCUAGGAGAUUAUGUUGAUCGGGGACAGCACAGCUUGGAAACUAUAACCCUUCUUCUUUCUUUGAAGGUUGAGUAUCCCAACAAUGUACAUUUAAUACGUGGAAACCAUGAAGCUGCAGAUAUUAAUGCCCUUUUUGGUUUUCGAAUUGAGUGCAUUGAAAGGAUGGGUGAGAGAGACGGAAUUUGGACGUGGCAUCGGAUUAACCGGCUGUUUAAUUGGCUUCCUCUAGCUGCUUUAAUUGAGAAAAAGAUUAUUUGCAUGCAUGGAGGUAUUGGUCGUUCAAUAAAUCAUGUGGAACAGAUUGAAAAUAUUCAAAGACCAAUUCCAAUGGAAGCAGGGUCAAUUGUUCUUAUGGAUCUGUUAUGGUCUGAUCCAACAGAGAAUGACAGUGUAGAAGGACUGAGGCCAAAUGCUAGAGGUCCUGGAUUAGUUACUUUUGGGCCUGAUCGAGUCAUGGAAUUUUGCAACAACAAUGAUCUUCAGCUAAUUGUCCGAGCACAUGAAUGUGUGAUGGAUGGGUUUGAGCGAUUUGCCCAAGGACAUCUUAUCACACUUUUCUCAGCUACAAACUAUUGUGGUACUGCGAAUAAUGCUGGAGCAAUAUUAGUUUUGGGUAGAGACCUUGUUGUGGUUCCUAAACUGAUUCAUCCAUUACCACCUGCAAUUUCUUCACCAGAAACGUCCCCAGAACGGCAUAUUGAAGAUACAUGGAUGCAGGAGUUGAAUGCCAACAGACCACCAACACCAACUAGAGGCCGUCCCCAAGUUACAAAUGACCGAGGUUCGCUCGCCUGGAUAUAGUGACUAUUGAGGACAUCCCUAAUAUUCAUGCUUUACUGGCUCGUGCUAUCGCCUUGUCCGUGUUUUGUAUAUAGCAUGAUGCCAUUAACGGGAGUCUCUGAACCUGUGAUCUUAAUCCCAGGCAGAAAGCUCAGCUUCCUUAGUUUUGGGUUCUCGCCUAAAUCAGCAAUCCUCGAUAAAAAUACAAGUUUGACACGCAAGGUUUACUUCGACUAAGGUAGAAGUUGGAGUAAGGGUUGACCUACCCGAUGUAAAUUGAGCAUAUAGGGUAUGAAGUCAAAGGUUGUGAUUCUGUAUCAUGGAAUGUCCGUGCUGGCUAUUUUUGCCAUUCUUAUACAUUUUUCACUUCUUGCCCUUAGGCUAUUAUUAUUGUUGGGCUUUUUUUAAUCAAAGAGGACGAGGGUUUUUUAUAUGAUGGUGAGAUAUAUAAAUCAGAAAUCUUAUAGGUCAUUGUAUAAUAGUUGUUUAUGUGUAAUUUUCCUCUGUACAAUUAUUUUUUGUGUGAAUCAAUGUUCUAUGACAAAGAAUGUGAAUUUUGUUACCAGAUUUUGACUUA